AUGAUGGAGCUUCUCAGUCGUGAACUCAAAAGCCACACUGCACCCCCACCACCUCAAACCCUUUGCAAACAAGACCAUACGGGUUUCAAGCUGAGGUUCAAGUUCAACAACAGCGUUGGACUGAAAAGGAAACGUAAUCUCAAAGCAGUAGAAGAGGAAGACGAUGGCGAUUGGGUAGCACCAAAACUGAAGCCGAAGAGAAGAAGGAAGCAAGAUAAUCCACAACUUAUAGUUGAAGAGAUGGGUAGUAGGGGUUUGGUUCUGGUCAUACAAAAGACCAUCUUUUUCUCCGACAUAAACCCUACUGCCAGUCGUUUCUCCAUACCCUUCUCGCAAGUCAAAACUCAUGACUUUCUCAACGAGGCAGAGGCUAAAGAGUUAGAUGACAAAAACCCCAUGCAGGUGUGGUUGUUAGACCCAUCCAUGAAGGGAACAAACAUUACCUUUAACAAGUGGGUUAUGGGGUCAAGUUCGCUCUAUGUCCUCACUAACACGUGGAACCCUGUUGUGAAGAACAACCAACUCAAAAAAGGCGAGAUGGUGCAGCUCUGGUCUUUCCGGCUAAAUUCCCUGCUGUACUUCGCACUCGUAAAGCUCUAG